AUGGCUUCACCACGAAACUCCAGGGGUAGAGUAAAACAACGUUCAGCAGUAACUCCUACUCGCUCAUCACCUCGAAUUAUAAGAAAAGCAACAUCUUAUCCAAAUGCUGUUAACAGACACUUUGUGGACAGUGUUCCCAUUUUAGAGGUGACACUUCGAUUCGAUGAGGACGAAUACGAUGUUUGGCGCCGCCAAGACACCGAUGAAGUAAAUCUUUAUUACAUGCUACGCAUUAAAUAUCCUCGAGACGAAGAUGAGCAAGCCUGGCAACAGGAAUUAGAAAAAUUGAAAAACGAGGUAACCCAAGUAAGGGUUGUUGAAGAAGGAUGGUUUGAAGGAGUAUGGGUUCCUCUUGAAAAAGCAAAAGAUAUCGCUCGUAAAUAUAAAAUAUAUGAUCAUGUCGCAGCGUUGCUUGAAUCUGAAAAUAGCUGGUUUGAUACACCAAAAUCGAAGCAUUCACGUGUUAAGACCGAACAGACCGAAAGAAGUUCUAGCAUAUCUGAUCAUUCUAGUAAUGCUACUAAUGGAAUCAUUGUUAAUGUUAGAUCAAUUAAAACUGAGAACAACACAGAGACCAGCAAUAAGGGCGUCUUUAUCCAUGAUACAAAAGAGACCAAUGAUUUUAAAGAAGCACGAGAUCUUCCUACACGACUCAAAGAAGUGGAAGGAGAACGUGAUCAAUAUAUGGAAGAAGUAAAGAAUCUAAAAAGGAAAUUAAGUGAGACGGAGAAUGUUAAUUAUAGCAGUAGUAACAAAAAACGGGCUGUUUGGACUGCUGUUGGAGCCGUCAUAGGGGCCAGUGUGACGGCAGUUGCAUUGAAUAAUAUGGGCGUAGGCAUAAACGAGAUAGCAGGAGGACUUGCAAAUUUGCAAGGGAAAUUUUUUGGAUGA